AUGUGGAAAGCCUCAGCUUUUUCCCUGAUUCGAACUUUCAAGAGGGAUAGGUAUGUAUUCAUAGUUGCCAGAGAUGUUGUUCUGAUUGGUAACAUCUAUGGACCAAGUAUCGAAGGAGAAAGAGAGAUAUUCUUUGUUGAGCUGGGAACCUUUCUUAGCAACUGGCAGGAAGGGUAUGUUUUGGGGGGAGACUUCAAUGCGACCUUGAACGCAGAGGAUAGGAGUGGAGGAUUGGGUGGUCUUGAACUCUCUUUUGGCAGUUUUGUGAAUGAAUGCAGAUUGAUUGAUUUACCCCUCCAAAAUUCAGAGUUUACAUGGUUUAGUCCGAGAAAUGGAGGGGUAAGGAGCAGAAUUGACAGAUGGUUACUCAAUGAGGUAGCUUGGUCAUCUCUAGAGGAAGCCAUUCAACGUGUGGAAAAUUGGGGACUCUCAGAUCACAGAGCAGUUUCUCUGGUUAUAGGGCAUUUCAGUUCGGGUCCAAAGCCAUUUAUGUUAUAUAAUAAUUGGCUUCUGGACAAGGAUUUUGAGAGAAUGGUACAAGAAUGGUGGAGCACAAAUACAGUACAGGGGUGGACAGGUUAUGUAUUGCAGAAAAAAUUGAAGGAUUUGAAAGUUAAAAUCAAAGAAUGGAAAUGCCACUCGCAUGCACAUGAGGAGGAAAAAAUCAAGGAGCUAGAAGGGGAAUUACAAAGUGUGAUGGAGAGAUUAGAAGAGGAAGGUGUGACAGAGGAGCUGAGACUUAAAAGGACUUAG